CCCGCCCCCGGCCUGGCGCUCCGGGCGCUAUAAGAGGGCGGCGGCCGCGGGGCGCCCUGCGCGGGCCGGGAGCGCGAUGGUCAGCCGCCGCGGUGCGGCAAGAUGCUGGAUGGGCCCCUGCUGGCGCGCUGGCUGGCCGCGGCCUUCGCCCUGACGCUGCUGCUCGCCGCGCUGCGCCCCUCGGCCGCCUACUUCGGGCUGACAGGCAGUGAGCCCCUGACCAUCCUCCCACUGACCCUGGAGCUGGAGGCGGCUGCCCAGGCACACUACAAGGCCUGUGACCGGCUGAAGCUGGAGCGCAAGCAGCGGCGCAUGUGCCGCAGGGACCCGGGUGUGGCGGAGACGCUGGUGGAGGCGGUCAGCAUGAGUGCACUCGAGUGCCAGUACCAGUUCCGGUUUGAGCGCUGGAACUGCUCGCUGGAGGGCCGCUACCGGGCCAGCCUGCUCAAGCGAGGCUUCAAGGAGACCGCCUUCCUCUACGCCAUCUCCUCAGCUGGCCUGACACACGCACUGGCCAAGGCCUGCAGCGCGGGCCGCAUGGAGCGCUGUACUUGCGAUGAAGCCCCUGACCUGGAGAAUCGUGAGGCCUGGCAGUGGGGCGGCUGCGGGGACAACCUCAAGUACAGCAGCAAGUUCGUCAAGGAGUUCCUGGGCCGGCGGGCGAGCAAGGACCUGAGAGCACGCGUGGACUUCCACAACAACCUCGUGGGUGUGAAGGUGAUCAAGGCCGGGGUGGAGACCACAUGCAAGUGCCACGGUGUGUCAGGCUCCUGCACUGUGCGGACAUGCUGGCGGCAGCUGGCGCCCUUCCACGAGGUGGGCAAGCGCCUGAAGCACAAGUAUGAGACAGCGCUCAAGGUGGGCAGUACCACCAACGAGGCCACUGGUGAGGCUGGCGCCAUUUCGCCACCACGUGGCCGAGCUGUGGGACCAGGCAGUGACCCACUGCCCCGCACGCCAGAGCUUGUGCACCUGGAUGACUCGCCCAGCUUCUGCCUGGCCAGCCGCUUCUCCCCGGGCACUGCUGGCCGUAGGUGCCAUCGUGAGAAGAACUGUGAGAGCAUCUGCUGUGGGCGUGGCCACAACACGCAGAGCCGGGUGGUGACACGGCCCUGCCAGUGCCAGGUGCGCUGGUGCUGCUAUGUGGAAUGUCGGCAAUGCACCCAGCGGGAGGAGGUUUACACCUGCAAGGGCUGAGCCCCCACACCUGACCUGGCUGCGGCUGGGUUCAGGCUGUGUGUGCAGGGGGAUGUCUACUCAGCUAGGGCUAAGCCCCCGGGCCCAGUGCCCCCAGCACAUUUGGGCACAAGGCCAGGCAGGAGCCUGGGGGUCGCUGGCUUGGACAUCUCUGCCCCUUUGUCUUCCCCUCUCAAGGCCUGGCAGUGGGAGGCGGCCUCUGGCCUCUGCAUCCCUCUACUCAUCCCCCCCAACUGGAAAGCAUUGCUUUCCAGGCUCUGUUCCUAAGAUACCAGUUCCCUUGGGGACCCCCCCCAGAACUGGGCACACAGGGCCAUGCAGGCCGCCUGUGGGCUGCCCUACACCAGCACCAGCACUGGCUUAGCAAGUCAAACCACUAGGAGAGAUGGCCGAUCACUCCACUGUGGGUGACAUGGCUGUCCCCCUGACACCAAGCACUUCUCUUUGGAGUGAUUUAUCAGUGCCUUUUAAGUUAUUGUUAUUUAACUAAUAUAUAAUUAUUAUCUCCUCCGUCCUCACCGUGCCUCAGGCUGUGGCUCCCCCCUCGCUUGGCAGAGCUAGGGUAGAGGGGCCCCUUCCUCCCUCCCCUCUACACCCUGUACGCCCCUUGGCCUGACCUGCUUUGUUGUUUGAAACCACUAAAUCCAGAGACUUUGCUGUUGCUGUUUUUAAGGAAGAAAAGCAGGCGGUGUGUGGGGAACCGUUCCUGUGGCUCAGGCCUGGACAGUCAGCAGGCCCUGCUCCACCUCGUCCCUGUGGUCCUGGCCUCCCCGUGGGCCAUCCCAGGAAGUUGCCUGGCCUUACUCUGCCCUGAGCAACAUGGCCCAGAUUUUGUGGUCGUGGUGGCAGAGGGUGGCCUGCUCUCCCUGCAGGGGUGGACAUGGGCAGAAGGGCAAGGCCAGGCUCUUGAGGGCUCAUUUCAGCUGAAAGACACAGCUUGCUCUGUGUCACUGUGGGGGAGACAGGGUGUGGACGGAUGUGGGUGGAGAGUGCGAGACUAGGACCUGGCAAACAGAAGGCUGCUCUCCUUGGCCAUGCUGUUGUCUUUGCAGGGUAGGGAAGAGAUGGGCUACUCGGACCUGGCUUGUUCUCAGUGUGUGUGCACACAUGUGUGUGUAUACAUGCAUGUGUGGGUGGAAUGUGCAUGAGCAUGUUUGAUGUGCACUUGUGUAUGAGCAUGUGUGUAUGCACAUAUGCAUGAGUACAUGCAUGUGUGUGUGAGGUAUGUGCAUGCAUGCAUGAGUGCAUGGGUUGGAUGUAUGGUGUGUGCAUGAGUAUGCAUGUGUGUACAUGGGUGCUUGCAUGUGCAUGAACAGGUGUGUGUGGUACAUGAGCAUGUGCCUGUGCAUGUGUGUGACGUGUGCCUGUGGGUGUAGGCAGUCUCAGCUGGGGCACGUCUCCCUCUGUGCUCUGCCUCACCAGGGUUCUCCUUCCCAUGUCUGCAUGAACAGCAGCCUGCAGCCCUGGGGUGUCCUGCUGGGCUCUGUGGCUGUGCUCUGAGGGUGUGGUGGGGUCUGGGUAGGUGCAGUGCUGGGUGGCAGUGCAGCCACGGGAACUACUGAGUGAGGGGGUUUCUUGGAGCCCUGGGGGCUCCAGGAAUCCUGUGGGACUGUGCUUAAGAGGAAAGCUAUUUUUAUCGACCUGGGUCUCUUUGUCCUGUUGUACAGUGUAAAUAGUAGAGUUUAUUCUCCUGUGGUUCAGAGAACAGCCCCGUGAAUAACCGUUUGCACAGGGUUAGCAGCUGGGCCUGACCUUGUCUCCUGCAGGCCCGGCUGGAGAGGGUGCGGGCAGUGCCAGCCACAGGCCCAGGACAAGACCGUAGCUCGGUCACUACUGGUCUGGAGAGGCAGCAAGUCAGAGGAAGAAUAUUUUUUUAAUCAAAUACCACAUUUAGCUCUAUGUCAUAAAUAUUAAGAAAAGUAUAUUUUUUAAACAAGGCAGACUGAAAACGUCUGCUGGCUGGUCUAUUGCUAUAUAUACGUAUAUCAGACUAUCCUGCCAGGCGAGGAGGCGCUCCUGCUAUCGGAGUCUCCUACGCAUGUGCAGUGCUUCCGUGCAGAAGGGGCCUCUAGGAGAAAGCAGCCCAGAGACACAGAGCCCUGGCCAGGCUCUCUGGCAGGGGGGGAGCCACACUGGAGGCCCAACGGGUCCCAGGCACCUGCUCCUGCCGGGCGGGCACUGUGGCCCCUGGGGCUGGGUUCAGUAGGCCCGAUGGUGGGAGGAGAAGGCCUUCCCACAUGAGGACGCCCACCCGUGUGCAGAGCCUUGUGGAGCCGACCGAUUUCUCUACCUCAUCUGUACAGCCAGUAGGUGUGUACUGGAGUGACUUGGAGAAUGUAUUUAUUUAACGGCUUUGCGUAACAAACAGAUGACACUAAAUAAAUGUAUUUUAAAUUAUA